CUAAAUUGAGAGAGAGAGAGAGAGAGAGAGAAAGAGAGAGAGAGAGAUUGAUUGAUGGUGUGAUGUGGUGUCAAAAAAUUGUAUGUGCAAUAAUCAUUUUCUCCGUUAUAUUUAUGGUUGAUGGGUUGAAGAAGUUGACAAAGUGCUUUCCAUCAACCAUUAAACGCUUCAUCUCUUCUGACAUGGCCAACUCCUCUGCUAUCUCUCAGGGUCUCUCUUCAGCCAUGGAGCGAACUGGCCAAUGGGUAUUUUCACACGACGUUCAGCUUCCUACUGACUUGGUCAUUAAUGUUGGCGACGCCACUUUCCCACUUCACAAGUUCAUCCUGAUGGCCAAGAGCGGCUACAUCCGAGCCAAAAUCCUCGGAUCCAACAACUCAGACCCGACCCGUGUCGACCUCUCCCAAAUACCCGGAGGCGCUCAGACGUUCGAAAAAGCCAUCAAGUUCUGUUACGGAGUCAACUUCCAGAUAACGGUGUAUAACGUGGCGGCGUUGCGUUGCGCUGCGGGGUACCUGGAGAUGACGGAGUGGGUGUGUGACGGUAACUUGACGAAGCGGACAGAGGAGUUCUUGGGCCAAGUGGCGUUAAAGACGCUGUUGGGCGCCGUUACCGUGCUGAAAUCGUGCGAGGGGUUGGGUUUGGUCGCGGAGGAGAUUGGGCUCGUUCAGAGAUGCGUGGAGGUCAUCAGCUUGAAGGCUUGUAAUGAGCAAAACUUCCCAACCUGCACCCCGACAGACUGGUGGCUCCCGGAACUCACUUCCCUCACCAAUUCCUCCUUACAACAAAUCCUACUCUCCAUGAAAACCCAUGGCGCCUCCUCGAAAACACUUUUCGCUAUUAUCACCGCUUUCGCCGAAAAAUCCUUCCCCGAAUUUAUCCACCCUAAAAACUCCGCCCUCCCCUUACCAGAUCCCUCACCUGCUAUCCGUACCCACCAAGCAUCCCUCCUAAACUCCAUAACCCACCUCCUCAAAUCAACCUCGAUACCUGUCCCUAUAAGUUUCCUGUGCCUUCUUCUCCGUGCAGCCAUCUUUCUGAACUCCUCAAACAACAGCAAAAGAGAACUAGAAGUUCAAAUCGCCGCCUGUUUGGAUCAGGUUUCUGUUGGAGAUUUGCUUGUGAUUGCGUUGGAUUGUUCGGGGCAGCGGGUUGUGGAUAUUGAUAGCGUGAGGAGGAUAAUUGGGUUGUUUGUAGAGAAGCAGGGAGGGGGUUUAUAUGGUGGAGGAGUGGUGGGAUGUUCUGCAACGGUGCAGCAGGUAACAAAGACUUUUGAUGCUUUUGUCGGGGAGAUUGCUGCUGAUGAGGAUCUUGGUGUGUCCAAGUUUGCUGGAGUUGCAGGUGCUUUGCCAGAGUCUGCGAGGAGGUUUGAUGAUGAUCUCUAUAGGGCCGUUGACAUCUACUUGAAGGCUCAUCCAGGGCUGGACGAGAUCGAGAGAGAAAAAGUGUGCAGUGUACUAAACCCUCUCCGGCUCUCCUACGAGGCCCGUCUCCACGCAUCACAAAACAAGCGCCUUCCCCUCCAAGUCGUCCUCCAUGCUCUGUACUAUGACCAGCUUAAGCUCCGCAGCACUGCCACCUUUAAUGACAACAUCGAUCCCACUCCACCGCCACUCAGCACUGCUACAACGGCGCGCAGCAGGGCGGUGGCAGAUGCGUCACUGAUGAAGGAGAACGAGGAGCUGCGAUCAGAGCUUACGAGGAUGAAGCUCUACCUAUCCGAUUUGGAGAUGACCAAGAAGGUGGGCUCUGGAAUCAAAAAGUCGAACACAUUCCUGGCGUCGGUGUCGAGGACUUUGGGGCGGGCUGAAUCCGUUCAAGCAAAGGGUUAUCCAAGAGAUACUCUCAAUAUUGAUGAGGGAUCCAUGGGAAGUGUGGCGCGCGUGGGAGUAGGCCCAGGAGGAGAAGCUUUUUCCAUUUCUUGA